CUGGGGAGCUGAUACAACAAGGCUAAGUGCCAGGGUUUCCUGGCUUAAAGCAAAGAACUUAAAGGGCUUCCUGUGCCUCUGAGCUGCUCCCUCAUUGGACUAUCCUUUUUUUCCCCAUCUCCUUCAACCUCCCUGCCUGGAGACCUUUCCUCUCCAGGGGGCUGCUCUCUGUCUCUCCUUCGGGGACAGCAGCUGCUUCUGGUUCCCCCCAAACAGCUUCUGAGUGCUUUCUCAGCAUGAACUGCAUCUCCGACUUCUUCACCUAUGAGACUACCAAGUCCGUGGUGGUGAAGAGUUGGACCAUUGGGAUCAUUAACCGAGCUGUGCAGCUUCUCAUCAUCUCCUACUUUGUGGGAUGGGUGUUCUUACAUGAAAAGGCAUAGGUGCGGGAUACCGCCAUUGAGUCGUCAGUGGUGACCAAGGUGAGGGCUUUGGUAUGCACCCCCGCCUCCUACCCCACCACUCUAGUCAUGGAUGUGUCUGACUAUGUGACCCCCACGCAGAAUGAAGAGAAGUACUCUUGUACCACAGACAGGGACUGCAAGGCAGAGAGCUUCACUGGUGGAGGUAAGUGUUCAUUAUUCCCUCCCGGAAUCCUCACUGGCCGUUGUGUGAACUACAGCUCGAAGCUGAGAACCUGUGAGAUCCAAGGCUGGUGCCCUGUGGAGGUGGACACGGUGAAGAUGCCCAUCAUGAUGGAAGCUGAGAACUUCACCAUCUUUAUCAAGAACAGCAUCCGUUUCCCUCUCUUCAACUUUGAAAAGGGGAACUUGCUACCCAACCUCACCUCUGCAGACAUAAAGAAAUGCCGUUUUCACCCUAAAACUGAUCCUUUCUGCCCCAUCCUUCGGGUAGGCGACGUGGUCAAGCUUGCAGGACAAGAUUUUGCCAAGCUCGCCAACACGGGAGGAGUUCUGGGCAUUAAGAUUGGCUGGGUCUGUGACUUGGACAGGUCCUCAGAUCAGUGCAUCCCCAAAUAUUCCUUCACCCGGCUAGAUGGAAUUUCUGAGAAGAGUAGCGUCUCUCCUGGCUAUAACUUCAGGUUUGCCAAAUACUUUAAGAUGGAGAAUGGCAGUGAGUAUCGGACUCUCCUGAAGGCAUAUGGUAUCCGUUUUGAUGUACUGGUAUAUGGAAAUGCUGGCAAGUUUAACAUCAUACCCACCAUCAUCAGCUCUGUGGCAGCCUUUACCUCUGUGGGAGUGGGCACGGUCCUCUGUGACAUUAUCCUCCUUAACUUCCUGAAGGGGGCAGACCAGUACAAAGCCAAGAAGUUUGAAGAGGUGAAUGAAACAACCUUGCGAUCUGCCACUUCUACCAACCCUAUGUACCCUAGUGACCAGACAUUGGAAGGCAGAGAAGAAAAGCAAUCCACAGACUCCGGAGCCUUCUCCAUCGGUCACUAGGCCUCCGUACUCCUGUUAUCAUUAACAUUAUGCCCUAGGAAUCUAUACCUCAUUACAGUGGACCUUCCACUGGGGAGGAGGUGGAAAGGAGAAGAGGCCUGCUUUAGGAGUGGCAAUAAUCCAGACCCAGUUCCUAGACCUCCCAGUGUGCCAACCAAUAGGCAGUGCCCCCUGCUAGGGCUCCAUAUGUUCUCAAAGAGAGUUUGUCAUCCCCCAAGGCCUUUUCCAUCCUACUAAUACUCUCAUCUCAGGAGCUAAAGUAUUUCUCAUUCCACUGCCUAAGGACAUCCUUGAUCCCUUUACCCACUGCAUAUAUUUAUGUGUAGACUAUCUAUGUGCUGUGAUUGUGAUGUUUUCUUCUGUGUAUCCUCACUAAAUAACUGUCUAUAUGACAUGAAGAUUAUGAACUCAUUGCAGAAAAUAAUUGAUAACGAGGAAAGAAGAAAAAAGAAAAAAAAAUCUGUGCCCAAGAUGUAACCCUAGAACAAUAAUGAAGCUUAUUGGCUCAUUCCUACCUUCUUUUAGGUCAUUCCCCCACAGAGGGAGCUUUGGUGCCUCCCUAUUGCCUCUAGGAUAAAAUGCAAACUCCUAAAUCUGGUAUAACAGAACUUCUACAAUCGGGGUCCUACCUCCUUCCCCAGAUUUAUUUUAUUUUACUCCUUUUCCCACAUGCUACAUUCUGGGCGAAUAAGACUAUUAGCUGUUGCCUCAAUUUGGCAUUUUAUCUCCCACCUCUAGUACCUUAUAUAGACUGUCCCCUAUGUAUGGAAUAUAUUCUCUCUUCAUCUCUACCUCUCAGUAUGUUUGCUCUUUCUUUAAGACUCAUCUUGGGUGACACCUCCUUCAUGAAUCCCCUUCUAGGAAUCCCUCCAUGAAUCGCUCCAUUUAUCCUCUUCUUCCCCAGUGCUGGUACUCUCUCUCCCUCAUAUUACCUUGUAUUUACUUAUCCAUGUGCAUGUUGAAUCCCUCAAUAGAAUGUAAGCUCCUGGAGGGCAAGGUCUGUGUCAUUCAGCACAGUAACUUAUACAUAGUAGAUGCUUAAUAAAUGUUUGUUGCAUUGAAU